UGCAGACCAUACCUCCUCCUAGCUGGUCGCAGUGCAUGCACCGCAGCAUUAAUGGCGGUGACACAUGCUGAUCUUGCACCGAGUCCUCCAAGCUCAGACUUGGGUAGCAAAACAGGUGCAUUUCUUAUGGUCAUGUCCGUCUUCUUUGGGCUAAUUUGCUUCAUUCUCUGCCUACUAGCCGAAGCAACUCGCUCUCAGGUGAUACGGAUGAAGCCGGCUGGUCUGUGUGUGUAUUCCGGUAGCGGAAAGCUACCUUUGUUAUGUGCAGCGGGUGCAUUUUUUGCUCUGGCAAUUGCCAUGGUGGUACAACAUACAUUCCUGUUGAUUGCAGUGAGCAAAUCAACCACUUUACCCUUAAUUAAUUGGGACCCUGAUUCUGAUUCCUUCAAGGCUCUUACAUGGCAAGCCGGUUUUUUCUUCGUAGCAACCUGGAUAUCAUUUGCAGUUGGGGAGAUUCUGUUAUUAAUAGGGCUGAGCGUCGAGUCGGGGCACCUGAGAAACUGGGGAAUACCAAGGCCGAGCUGCCUUACCAUUGGAGAAGGGCUGUUCACAGCCGCAGGAGUUUUUGGACUCGUGACGGUCUUCCUUGCUGCUGGUCUCUACAUCACUGCAUUGCGUGCACAAAAGCUCGCGGAGGACGAAGAAAUUGUGAGGCGCGAGGUCUUGGAGGCCUCUGAACUCUAUGCGACCCCGCCCAGGUCACCUAGACGCGUUAUCAGGGCUGUUGCAAAUGAAAAUACCGUCGCGAGACAUGAUCGGAAUCAGCAGUCUCUGGCGGAUUACUUGACAGAGUUUGAGAAGUACUCCAAUCUAAUGUAGGGAUGGAAGGAUCAACGGAAACACAUCAUUGCCUUUCCAACUUCAAUUGUACAUGAAACACAUGGCCACUGAAGGAACCAAUGUGCCAAACAAUCUUUGAACAAAGGCACUCAGUUUGUCGAUUGUUGUAUGCUUGUAAUUAUCCUUGAGAGAAGUUUCUUGAAUGUUUGUACAAAAGAAAAGGUAGAUUAGAAUUUAAAAUGUUUAAAACCCCUCCCGAUUGGGGCUUUUCAUUGUUCUUCCUUUCA